GCUUUCUUCAGUUUGGUUUGUGGCUUUUGUAUCUUUUGGUGUAACACUGAUUUUGUAAACUUAAACAUCAUAGGAUGGGACUCGAUCGAAAUACGAAUACGAGAAGCAGGGAUUACUUGGAGGGAAUGCUGAGUGAUUAUGUUGGAGGAAAAGCCAAGGGGAAGCCUCAGAAAAGCACUUCUGCUAGGCUUGUCACAGCUCUCACUUGUCUCCAGUUUGCCUUUGCUGUUUAUGCAACAUUCCUUCUCUACUACAUGAGCCCUUCUAUCGAUUUAAGAACCAAACCGGACUUCCAAUGGGCUACCAAGAUUGCACAGCAAUGGAAGCAGUACAUAAUCCCACCCCACAUCAUUGGCCGAUAUCAAGACUCUGCUUCUCUUGUGAGAUUGGCCGAAAUCCAACCCCUCACUCCCUCCGAGGUUUGCGAGAACGAAAAGAUUGAUUUCGAGCAGAAGAAGUCCAGUGAUGCUCAGAUGAUCAAGCUGAAGACAGAGCUUUAUCAUGAGGUGUUGGAGUUCCAAAGCAAAAACAUUGGUACUGAAACUCUUGCUCAGCUGAUGGCAAUGAAGUCCAAGUGGGAUUUGAAAGGUCCUAACAGACCAAAGGUCACAGUGAUCUUGAACCACUUUAAGAGAAAAACACUUUGUGCUCAGCUUGAUAACUUGCUCCAACAAACACUUCCUUUCCACCAUGUUUGGGUUCUUUCAUUUGGGAGUCCAAAUGAGCUUUCUUUGAAGAGAAUCGUCGACAGUUACAAUGAUUCAAGAAUAAGCUUCAUAAGUUCAAGCUAUGAUUUCAAGUAUUAUGGAAGGUUUCAGAUGGCUUUGCAAACCGAAGCUGAUCUUGUGUACAUUGUUGAUGAUGACAUGAUUCCUGGGAAGAAAAUGCUGCAGAUUUUGUCACAUGUAGCCGGAACCGAGAAGUACAUGAACUCUGUUUUGGGCAGCAUAGGAAGGAUUUUGCCAUUUAGACAAAAGGACUUCACUUUUCCAAGCUAUAGAAAGUUCAGGUCUAAGGAGGCAGGACUAUAUUUACCUGACCCUGCCUAUGAUAUCACUCUGGAUAAAAUUGUGCAGGUGGACUUUCUUUCCAGCUCUUGGUUCUUAUCUGCAGAGCUGAUUAAGACACUUUUCAUUGAGACACCCUUCACAUUUUCGACCGGCGAAGAUCUGCACCUUAGUUAUCAGCUUCAAAAGUACAGAAAUGCUGGCUCAUUUGUUCUUCCAGUUGAUCCGAAAGAUAAGGAAACCUGGGGUGACAGUGAACAUAGACUUGCUUAUGUAUCUGAAACCACUGUAAUUUUCAAAGACAUUGUUCAAGUCCGAGAUGAUCAAUGGUGGAAAGCACUAUCUACUGGUUAUAUCACUCAGUGGGCUGCAAUGCAUCCUCAAAAAAUUGAUGCCCUUUUCUAUGCUCAUUCUGUUGAUGAAGUUAAGGCACUUGCACCUCUUCUGGAGAAAUUCAGGUCUACUGUUGGAAAGAAAGCUUACAUUGCCGUCUCUGGAGGAAAUUUCUGCCCUUGUGAAGAUGCAGCUUCUGCACUAAAGUGGCCUAAGGUGGUAUGCAACGAGAGGAGGUUUAAAAUCUUCGAUUUGGCAGUGGGGGCUCUAUCAGGGAUAUCAAACUCGGAGGUCGUAGUGCUACAAGGAGUCUAUGCUAGCAUGAAGGGAUUGAUAAAAAUUCACAACCCGAGUGUGGUGAUCACAGUGGCUGACAUCGAUCCUAAUGUGAAGAAAACUUUGAAAAUGGCAACAGAAACUAAUGGGAAUGGUACAACAUUGGUUCUUUUACCAAGGCCUUCGGUAUCAAAAGUUCUUUGGAUGGCUGAUCUACGGACAACAGCAUUGCCAAAUUGGAACAGAAUGCGAAUUUCUAUCAACAUCAUCACCCAAAACCGGGUGCAGUCCCUUACUAGACUUCUCAAAUCCCUCAGUGAUGCAUACUAUCUUGGGGACGAGGUACCUAUCAGCUUCAACAUGGACAGCAAAGUUGAUGAAGCAACUAUUAGAUUAGUAAGCUCAUUUGACUGGCCUCAUGGCCCUAAAACUCUCAAGAGGAGGAUCAUACAAGGAGGGCUUAUUCGAGCCGUCAGUGAGAGUUGGUAUCCUUCAUCUGAUGAUGAUUUCGGUCUGCUACUGGAAGAUGAUAUUGAAGUCUCACCUUACUAUUACCUAUGGAUCAAAUAUGCCCUCUUAGCCUACCACUACGAUCCUCAAGUGUCUCUCCCCGAGUUGUCCUCAAUUUCUCUCUACACCCCUAGGAUAGUUGAAGUGGUGAAAGAAAGGCCUAAAUGGAACCCAACUGAGUUUUUCAAGAACAUCCAUCCAAACACACCUUAUUUCCACCAGUUACCUUGCAGUUGGGGAGCAGUCUUCUUCCCCAAGCAAUGGAGAGAGUUCUAUGUCUACAUGAACAUGAGGUUCACCGAAGAUGCCAAGAAAAACCCAGUUCAAAUUCCAAAGUCCAGGACUAAUGGUUGGCAAGCCUCAUGGAAAAAAUUCCUUAUAGACAUGAUGUACCUCAGAGGAUAUGUGAGUCUUUAUCCAAACUUUCCAAACCAGGCAAGCUUUUCAACGAACCAUAUGGAACCCGGGGCUCAUAUCAGCGCCAAGGACAAUGUUGUGAAGCAUGACAAGUCUGAUUUUGAAGUGCCAAUGUUGAAGGAAGACUUCCGAAAUUUCUUGCCAGGUGGUAAACUGCCUCCUGCCUCAAGAUUGCCAUCUUUGAACCUCUUCAACAUGCCCGUUUCCCUUAAAGGCUUGAAGGCAGCCGGAGCAAAGUUGGGGCAGGAUGUGAUUGGAUGCAACAAUGCGACCGAGAUAGUCAUGGUUGAUCAUCAAACCGGACUACCAGCACGCUGUGGCAGGUUCUGAUAAAUGGAUUUGUUAUUGAUUAUUCUUUAUUUUUAUAAACAAAGAUAGUUUGUAUCUUCAUUUUUUAUGUGGGAAAGUUGGUUCUGAGAACAACGAAAAACAAGAGGGAUAAGAUGGAAAGGAUAGGAUUUUGGCUAAGAAAUUUGUGAUUGUGUUGCUCACUAAUGUUGUACUGCAGCCUAAAGUGGUUUGCAGAACUAUGUAAGUAACCAAAGUGGUUCAUGUAACUUUGUUAGCAAAAGGAGAAGUCUUUUCACUCAUUGACAAUUUCUAUCUUAAAUGGUUCAAUGUGGAAAGUUU